CGCCACCAAGGGAAGAUGGCGUCUCUGCUGCAGCUCGAGCGGGUGGUUUAUCUCGUCAACGGCGAGAAGAAGCUCCGGUUGCCGCUCUCGCAGCUUUAUUUCUGCCGGUAUUGCCAUGAGCUGCGCUCGCUCGAGUGUGUCUCUCACGAAGUGGACUCCCAUUACUGCCCAAGCUGUCUGGAGAACAUGCCUUCAGCUGAAGCAAAACUCAAAAAAAACAGGUGCGCUAAUUGCUUUGACUGCCCAUGCUGCAUGCAUACUCUCUCCACAAGAGCCACCAACAUCCCAGCACCUCUGCCUGAUGACCCAGCGAAGACCACCAUGAAGAAGGCUUACUAUCUGGCCUGUGGCUUCUGCCGCUGGACUUCUAGAGAUGUUGGCAUGGCUGACAAAUCUGUGGCCAGUGGAGGAUGGCAAGAACCAGAGAAUCCUCAUACGCAGCGGAUCAACAAAUUGCUGGAGUAUUACCACCAACUGGCGCAGAGAGAGAAGAUCGAACGCGAUCGCAAGAAGCUGGUUAGACGCAGAAACUACAUGCCGCUCGCCUUUUCUGACAAGUACGGCCUAGGCACAAGACUGCAGCGGCAGAGAUCUGGGGCCCCUAUCAUUACCCUUGCUGGGUCAACGCUGAAAGAAGCAGAGGACCACAAAGAGAUAAAGAUCGAACCUGCCCAGCCAUUAGAGGAAGUGGAGCCGCUUCCAGAGGAUUAUUACACUAGAGCUCUCAACCUGCCUGAGGUGACCACCCUUCACCAGCGACUGUUGCAGCCAGACUUUCAGCCAAUCUCUGCUUCCCAGUUGUACCCAAAGCACAAGCAUCUCCUGAUAAAGCGCUCGCUGCGUUGUCGGAAAUGUGAACACAACUUGAGCAAGCCUGAGUUUAACCCAACCUCCAUCAAGUUCAAGAUCCAACUGGUUGCUGUGAACUAUAUUCCAGAGGUCCGAAUUCUGUCCAUUCCCAACCUGCGCUUCAUGAAGGAGAGCCAAGUGCUUCUGACACUCACUAACCCUGUGGAGAACCUCACGCACGUUACUCUUCUGCCCUGUGAAGAGGCAGAUCCUGACGACGUGCACAGCACCGCAAAGGUUAUCCUUCCUUCAAAGGAGAUUGUCCUUGCUGGGAAAGAUGCAGCUGCUGAAUACGAUGAACUGGCUGAGCCACAGGAUUUUCACGACGACCCAGACAUUGUGGCCUUCCGAAAAUCCAACAAGAUUGGCUUCUUCAUCAAAGUCAUCCCACAGGAGGAGAGUGGCAAUGUGAACAUUAGCUUCAAGCUGCGCUAUGACUUUAAGAAUCUGGCUGGGCCAAUCCGGCCAUUGGAAGAGGGGGAGCAGAGCACCGAGGUCAUCUGGCUGACUCAGCACGUGGACCUGACCCUGGGCCCGCUGGCUGCCUGAGCCCAGAGCCCCGUGGCGGUGUGUUCCCGGACUCGCCAUCGCUAACGAAUCCAGCCUACCCACGAGCCAACCGCACCUUCCCCUACCCCCUUCCACCACAGCCUUGAGUGGUUGCCUGCAGCCCCCAGCCUUGGACGAGAUCCUCUCUGAAAAACACAAGACCGCAUUGCAGUAAAUCCAUUGACUCACUGGUGUUUAAAGCCUCCGCCCCCUCACCUCAGUAGCAGCCGACGCUAGGGGAGUGCAACCAGGUCGAGCACGCCCAGCUUAUCCCGAAAUUUGUCUUUGGUGUCAUGAGCGGGAACCUUUUUGGAAUUCUCUGGGAGCCUCUUGGGAACCUGGGUGGAACGAAUGGCUGGAAUUGCUUCGAUAAGGACACGGACAGAACAGGAAGAGAGUGCAGCCCUCCAUUACAACAGUGACUACACUUUAAAGCUACUUCAUGGCUGUGAAAGGCUUUGGAACAUCCCAAGGUGGUGAACGGCGCUAUAGAAAUGCAGUCUUUAAUUUCGUUGCAUGUGUUUGUACAAUUUUUAAAAAAUAUGUUCACAGACUUGGCUAAUCUCUGAAGAUAGUGCCCAGUUUAACAAUGGUCACACUACGAAAAGCACCUUGCGCGUGCACUCUCGCUGUCUCUCCACUUUCUGCCGGCUCCUGAAGGUGUGGCAAAGUCCUCCCCCCCCCCCCCCCCGCCAGCAACGUUCUCCACACCUAUGCUCCUUAUGCUGGGCUCACUUAUCCCCUGCUCGAAACCUGCUGCCAAGCUCGCAGUCUAACUCUGAUUAUUGUUCAGGUAAUAAUCUCAAAGACCUGUUACCUCAGAACUUUGGUCGUUGUCUUUAUGCUGCACAUAAAGGGGAAAUGCAGUGACAGCAAGCCUCCUGCUCACAUUAUUGCAGUUCCUUUCCCUGCAUUUAACCAGUCGUCAGCACGCCAUUGUUAAACUGUGUGAAUGAAUAUGAUUCGAGCAAAAAGGCCUUUCAGCCCAUCAAACCUCAUUCCUCCGGUAACCUGUCUCCCCAACAUUAAACCACCCCCCCCCCCACAGUAACCUUGUUCCCCGACACUAACCCCCCUCCUCCAGUAACCUUGCUCCUUGACACUAAUCCCCCCCUCCAGAAACCUUGCUCCCCAACAUUAACCGCCCCCCCCGCUUCCAGCAACCUGUCUCCCUGACAUUAACCCCUCCUCUAGCAACCUGUCUCCCUGACAUUAACCCCUCCUCUAGCAACCUGUCUCCCUGACAUUAACCCCUCCUCUAGCAACCUGUCUCCCUGACAUUAACCCCUCCUCUAGCAAUCUGUCUCCCUGACAUUAACCCCUCCUCUAGCAACCUGUCUCCCUGACAUUAACCCCUCCUCUAGCAACCUGUCUCCCUGACAUUAACCCCUCCUCUAGCAACCUGUCUCCCUGAAAUUAACCCCUCCUCUAGCAAUCUGUCUCCCUGACAUUAACCCCUCCUCUAGCAACCUGUCUCCCUGACAUUAACCCCUCCUCUAGCAACCUGUCUCCCUGACAUUAACCCCUCCUCUAGCAACCUGUCUCCCUGAAAUUAACCCCUCCUCUAGCAACCUGUCUCCCUGACAUUAACCCCUCCUCUAGCAACCUGUCUCCCUGACAUUAACCCCUCCUCUAGCAACCUGUCUCCCUGACAUUAACCCCUCCUCUAGCAACCUGUCUCCCUGACAUUAACCCCUCCUCUAGCAACCUGUCUCCCUGACAUUAACCUCCCUCUCCAGUAACCAGUCACCCUAACACUGAUCCCCAAACCUCCAGUAACCUGUCUGCCCAACAUCAAGCCUCUUCCCCUGUUGAACCCCCGAUUCAUUGUCUCUUCUCCCAUUGAACCCCUGCCCGCUUGAUGCUGGGUGUAAGCGAGUUUACUGCUGCCUGUAACCAUUGUGCUGUGACUGUUGGUGAUAUACUAGUGUAUUAAAUCAUAACUUAUAUAUGGACUUAAAACAAUAAACACAAGAUAAAAGACCA